UCUUGGAGACUUGAGUCAACUUUAGUUUCCUCCAUAAAUGUGAGAGGGAAUCCAGUGAUUUUAGUCACUAACAUCACUCGUUUUACCAAACAAAAAAAAUUAUAAAAAAUAUGAUGUGUUCUUGUUGUGAGAGGAAGGUGAUGAUAUGGAGCUUGUGUUUUAUCUUUUGUCUUUCUAACUCAAUCCUUGUAUUUGCUUCUCCUGAUAAACACUUGUGUCGUCCAGACCAGAGAGAUGCUCUUUGGGAGUUCAAAAGAGAGUUUUAUGUCAAAGGGUUCCACUCCAAUGGGGUGGCUGCUGAUAAGAAGACAAAAAGGUGGACGAACAACACUGAUUGCUGUUCUUGGGAUGGUAUCUCUUGUGAUCCUAAGACAGGCAAUAUUGUUGAGUUAGACCUCUUGUCAAGUUCUCUCAAUGGCCCUUUGAGAUCUAAUAGCAGUCUGUUUAGGCUGCAACAUCUUCAGAGCCUGGAUCUUGGCUACAAUAAUCUUUCUGGUAUUCUGCCAGAUUCCAUCGGCAACCUUAAAUAUUUGAGGGUUUUGAAUCUUGGUGGUUGCCAUUUCCAUGGAAAAAUUCCGUCUUCACUUGGAAAUCUUUCCUAUCUCACUGGUCUUGAUCUUUCCAUUAAUGACUUCAACGGUGAGCUACCAGAUUCAAUGGAUAAUCUAAACCAGCUAACGGAGUUGCGUCUUGGGUCAACUAAGCUUAGUGGAAACUUUCCUAGCAUGCUACUCAAUUUGAGCGAACUCACCUUGAUCGACCUUGCUUCUAACCAAUUCGAAGGUAUGCUCCCAUCUAACAUGAGUCGCCUCUCUAAAUUGGAGUCUUUUAGUGUUGCUGGAAAUUCAUUUUAUGGAUCUUUUCCGUCGUCUCUCUUCAUGAUCCCUUCAUUGUUUUACCUUAGUCUGGGAAGUAACGACUUCAGUGGUACUCUAGAGAUUGGGAAUAUUUCUUCACCAUCUACACUUGGAUUUUUAUCCCUUGUAGAAAACAAUUUCAAUGGGCCAAUCCCAAGAUCUAUAUCAAAACUAGUUGGGCUUUUCUAUCUUGAUCUUGCUUUAUGGAAUACAGAGAGGAGUAUAGUCGAUUUCAGCAUCUUCUUGCAGCUCAAGUCACUUACAUUCCUUGACCUCUCUUAUAUCAAUACAAGAAGCAUGGUUGACUUGAGUCUUUUCUCACAUUUCGAUUCACUUGGUUAUCUGGAUCUUUCAGGGAUUAAUUUAAAAAUCAGUUCAUCUCUCCAUCUUCUCCCACAUAUAGGGAUAUUGACUUUAUCAUCCUGCAAUAUUGUUGAGUUUCCCAAAUUUCUGAAAACCAAAACCAGUUUGUCUUAUUUAGACAUUUCUGCCAACCAAAUUGAAGGUCAAGUACCAGAGUGGUUAUGGAGGCUGCCAAUGUUGCGGUAUGCCAACAUUUCUCAGAAUUUUUUCAGUGGUUUCGAAGGAUCAGCAGAUAUUAUUCAAAGAAGUCAAAUAGUACUUAUUGACAUAAGUUCUAACAGAUUCCAAGAUCCACUUCCUUUGUUACCAAACAGUACAAAGUUCUUUUUAGGCUCCAGUAAUGGGUUUUCGGGAAAGAUUCCUAGAACAAUAUGCGAAUUGCGUUUUCUUGAUACACUUAUUUUAUCCAACAACAACUUCAAUGGUUCCAUUCCUCGGUGUUUUGAGAAAUUCAAUACUAAGCUUUCGGUUUUGCAUCUUCGAAAUAACAGCCUCUCUGGUAUUUUUCCUGAGGAAUCUAUUAGUGAUCACUUGAGAUCACUUGAUGUUGGUAGCAACCAGUUAUCAGGAGAACUUCCCAAGUCUCUGAUCAAUUGCACUCGUCUCGAGUUUCUGAACGUGGACGACAACAAAAUCAAAGACACAUUUCCAUUCUGGUUGAGAUUGUUGCCUAAUUUAGAGGUUCUUGUCCUUCGUUCUAACGAGUUCCAUGGGCCAAUAUCUUCUCCUGGAGUUUCUUUGAGUUUUCCCAAGCUGCGAAUCUUUGACAUUUCAGACAACCGCUUCAUUGGAGUUUUGCCAUUAGAUUACUUUGCUGGUUGGGGUGCAAUGUCGUCAGUCUUGGACACUGUAGAUCGUAUGCCGAGUAGGUUUGAGGGACGUGACUCUGGAAACUAUCGUAACUCUGUGUCUAUGACGGCCAAAGGAUUGAAGAUGGAGUUGGUUGGGAGUGGUUUCACAAUCUACAAAACCAUUGAUGUCUCCGGAAACAGAUUCGAAGGAGAUAUUCCUGUAUCCAUCAGUUUUCUCAAGGAACUGAUUGUGCUUAACAUGUCAAACAACGCUUUCACAGGCCGUAUUCCACCAUCUCUGGCAAACUUGUCCAAUCUCCAAUCAUUGGAUCUUUCUCAGAACGGAUUAUCCGGCGAAAUCCCACCAGAGCUCGGGAAACUCACGUUUCUUGCGUGGAUGAACUUCUCUUACAACAAUCUUGAAGGUCCAAUACCACAAGGCACUCAAAUUCAAAGCCAGAACAUUUCUUCAUUUGCAGAGAAUCUUGGGCUCUGUGGUGCUCCUCUGCAGAAAACAUGCGGCGGAAAAGAAGAAGAAGCAACAGAGCAAGAGGAAGAUGAAGAAAAAGAAGAGAAGGAUCAAGUGUUGAGCUGGAUAGCUGCUGCAAUAGGCUACGUACCCGGUGUGUUCUGUGGACUCAUCAUUGGUCACAUUUUCAGUUCAUAUAAACAUGACUGGUUCAUGAGGAUCUUUCACUAUUUGACUUAAUCAAAGCAUCAGUUGGUUGAUGAUAACUCUACUUGUUCUAUACGCAUCAGUUCUUACGAGGGUGGUGGUGUCCCCUUGCAAUAAUAAAAUUCAGUUCUUAUGUAGCAACUUUUUUCGAUUUUCUUUUUUUAGAAUCAGUAAUCAGCAAUCGUCCGAAUAUAUUUGAAUAAACUUAGUUUAUUAGA